CUCACUCUUGCACUCUUAAACCCACGGGGGAGGGCUGUGUGUGCGUGCGUGUGUGUGUGUGUGUGUGUGUGUGUGUGUGUGUGGCGGCGGGCCAGGCAUUUUUUCUGUUUCCUUACAAAUAGGGAAGAGUUCGCUUAAUCCUCUUGAGAGGGGCUGGUACUUUCGUUCUAAAGCUCUCGUUUCCUCGGGGAACAGAAUUGCUAGACGCAAUAGGUGUAAUUCAGUAUGUUUCCACUGACUGAGGAAAACAAGCAUGUCGCCCAGUUGUUGCUCAAUAGUGGUACCUGCCCAAGAUGUAUCUUCAGAUUCUGUGGUGUGGAUUUUCAUGCACCUUACAAACUUUCAUACAAGGAGUUGCUCAGUCAACUGCAGAACUUUCUGGAAACUAAAAAAGAUGAAUUAAUUUUGGAAGUUCCAAAUCCACCUCCAAAGAAAAUUCGACUACAAGCAAUAGAAGAUGGGAUUGGUAAUCUGAGUCAAAAUGGAGAGGGGAGGAUCUCUGUUAUUGAAGAUGGAAGCUUUGGUCCCAAGAACUCAAAUUUAAAUGUAUGCAAUAUAUGCCUAGGAAUUCUUCAAGAAUUCUGUGAAAAAGAAUUCAUUAAAAAGGUGUGUCAAAAGGUUGAGGCUUCUGGGUUUGAAUUCACCAACUUGGUAUUUUCAGUCUCCUUUCCACCACAGCUAUCUGUAAGAGAGCAUGCUGCAUGGUUGCUGGUAAAACAGGAAAUGGGAAAACAGAGUCUGUCGCCUGGAAGAAAUGAUAUAGUUCAGCUAAAAGAAGCCUACAAAUGGAUAACUCAUCCCCUGUUUUCAGAGGAACUGGGUGUUCCCAUUGAUGGAAAGAGCUUGUUUGAAGUGAGUGUGGUCUUUGCUCACCCAGAAACAGUUGAGGAUUGCCACUUCCUACGUGUGAUAUGCCCAGAUUGUUUCAAGCCAGCCAAAAACAAACAGUCAGUAUUCACUAGAAUGGCAGUCUUGAAAGCUUUGAAUAAGAUAAAAGAAGAGGAUUUCCGCAAGCAGUUUCCUUGUCCUCCAAGCUCACCAAAGGCAGUAUGCACUGUUCUUGAAAUUGAAUGUGCUCAUGGUGCUGUUUUUGUGGCUGGGAGAUAUAAUAAAUACUCCAGGAACUUGCCACAAACUCCUUGGAUAAUUGAUGGAGAAAGGAAGCUGGAGUCUUCAGUGGAAGAAUUAAUUUCAGAUCAUCUUUUAAAAGUAUUCAAAGCAGAGAGUUUUAAUUUUUCAUCCUCUGGAAGAGAAGAUGUAGAUGUGAGAACAUUAGGAAAUGGAAGGCCCUUUGCAAUUGAGCUGGUGAAUCCUCAUAGAGUACAUUUCACUUCACAAGAAAUUAAGGAACUUCAGCAGAAAAUUAAUAACUCCUCUAACAAAAUCCAAGUCCGUGAUUUGCAGCUUGUUACAAGAGAGGCAAUAGGACAUAUGAAAGAAGGUGAAGAAGAAAAGACCAAGACAUACAGUGCCUUAAUAUGGACAAAUAAAGCAAUACAGAAGAAAGACAUUGAAUUCCUGAAUGACAUAAAGGACUUAAAGAUCAACCAGAAAACACCUCUACGGGUUCUUCACCGGAGACCCCUGGCUGUGAGAACUCGAGUCAUUCACUCCAUGGAUACUUGCUACGUGGAUGAGCAUCACUUCCGCCUCCAUCUGAAGACUCAAGCUGGAACCUACAUUAAAGAGUUUGUACAUGGAGACUUUGGAAGAACCAAGCCAAACAUUGGCGCUCUGAUGAAUGUGACUGCAGACAUUCUUGAGCUGGAUGUGGAGUCUGUAGAUGUUGACUGGCCCCCUGCUCUGGAAGACUAGCUUUCAAACUGGGAAACAAAGGUUUUCCUGGCCCGCUGUGGAAGUCCAUUUAGCAUACACUGUAAAAAUGGCUGUUUACCCACCAUAAGGGUGUCUUGGUAAUUACUUGGAUCAUGUUGAUCUUUGUAUUUUUAAAUUUGUUGUAACAUCUCAGGAUCUACAUAUGUGCAUAUUUUGUUAUAUUCUAAGAAUGUCAUGAUUUUUCUUGUUUCCUCUCCAACCCCCAACAAACCAAACUAUGGAUAAUGAAAUAAUUUUUUUAAUGCUUCAUUUAGAGAGGUACACAAACAAGAUAAAUUUUGAUAAUCUGAGCUGUAAUUUCUUUUAGCAAAAUUUCCCUGCACAAGAUACAUACCAUGUUUGAAAUCAUGUUAUAAAAUUUAAAAAUGAAUUUGAUAAACAUUAUACUAGAUUUAUGCAACACAGUAUCCUAUAAUACUCUAAGAUAUCAUAUGCAAAUGUGACAUGAUUAUCAUAUGCAAAUGUGACAUGAUUUUUAUUUUUCCUAAUAAGUUUCAAGCAAGCUAUUACCAAUAGAAGUUGUUGGUGUGAUUUGUCACAUCUUAAUUCACUUAAAGUUACUAUUGUGACAAUCUAAAACUGUCAAUACAUUUCCCGGGGAGGGAAAGUAAAACCUUAGGAAUUGAGGCAUGGCAUGGUAUGGAAACUCCUUUCUUUUAAAUGAGACACAAGUGCCUUCAAUAACUUCAAUCCCAGGGAUAAGACUUCAAAGAAUCGAGAUUGCUAAAGGUAAACUGAUACUAGUCCUGAGUGCUUCCUUAUAUUACUCAAUUUCAAACAUCUUCAUCAGGUAAAUAGGGUAUUAUCAUUUUCAUUUUAUAAAUAUAAAAACCAAAGAGUAGGCAUUAAAUGAUUUAUCUAAAAUUGUUAGUUACUUCCAAACCUAGGAUGAACUGAAGUUUCCUGUCUCCAGGGUCCUUUCUAAUAAACCUUGUUAUUGAGCACCUACUAUGUGAAGGAGAAUCCUAAGGAUGUCAUUUAAAUGUGCAUACCACCAUGAUACUUGACACCUGACCUUUGGAAAUGAGAGCAAAUCAAGGAGCUUACAAAAAAAAAAAAUAACCGAAGUAUAUUUCAUAUGAGCUCAUAUGACUACCAUUGUUAGUAAGUUAAUUAUCAAUUGGUACUAUAAAGAGGAAAAACAUUAAAUAAGUUAAACCUAAAAAAAAGUCUAUCAGUAAGUUUCAGAAUAAUCUAAUUGUUUCAGAUUUAAGUGUAAUUUCCAACAUUCUGAUUCACCUAUUAGCUUAUUUCAGAACACAGGCGACUUGAAUUACUGUUUCCCAUCUUCCCAGCUCCUAGAUACGAAGAUAUAUUAUCCAUUUUACAAAUCAGGAAAAUAACAUAAUUGACAUAAGAAGCUCCAUAUGUGAAUAACAGCGAAUUAUUUUUUUCACUAUUUCCAAGGCCAGGAAAUGAGAAA